AUGCACGCCGCCGGUUUGGGCAAACAAUCAUUGUUGAUACCCAAGCAGCCGCUGUUGCUGCUGCACGGUCUGUUUGGAUUCAGGGAACUGGGACCCUUUGUGUACUUUCAUGGUAUAACAGAGCCGCUCAAAUCACUUGGCGCCAAGGUGGUCGCGACGCGCGUGCAUCCUACAGACUCUAUAGCCAACAGAGCAGCUCAGUUGCAGACGCAGUUGAGUCAAGUGCUCAAACAGUACAAUACGGACAAGGUGCAUGUCAUUGCACACAGCAUGGGAGGAUUGGACGCUCGAUACCUAAUCAACAAGCUUGAUUGGGAGCGAAACAUUAUGUCAUUGACUACACUCGCAACACCACACAGAGGCAGUUACAUUGCCGACUGGUCUGUGCUCAACAUCAAACAGAAGCUGAAGAUUGAGAGUCUGUUCAAGGUGCUGGACAUACCUCUGUUGGCAAUCGACCAGCUGACACCACAGUACAUCAAUGAAUGCUUUAACCCUGAGAUCACCGACGUGCCCGACGUCCAAUACAAGAGCUAUGGAGCAUGGAAGCAGUUUGAAAGCAAGUUCUCCUAUCUCUACUACUUUGGACAACUGCUUGCCGAGCGUGAGGGUCGCAAUGAUGGACUGGUCAGCAUGGAUUCGGCGCGAUGGGGACAGAGCUUCAACGAGAUACCCAACUGCGAUCACAUCAAUAUCAUCAAUUGGAGCGAGAGCAAGUUUGACAUCAUGCCCACCUACCAGAAGAUACUUAGUGAUCUCUAUCAUCUGGAGCAACAAAGAGAACUAAAAUGGAGUAUUCGUUGA